AGCUAAAUCAGUCUCCACCACCUCACUGCUAAAGUAUCUCUCCUGGCUCGCGGUCAAGUGGAGUAACCAUUUCCAUAACACUAUGGGCGGAUGUUCUUCAUGUCAGUGUCUGAAGGAAAAGUGUGACCCCCGGUGGUUGAUCUUGUUUGUGAUUGCAGUGGCUAUGAUUGUUGAUUGCAUUCUGUUCACUGUUGUAGCUCCAAUCGCCCCAGCUAUUCUCUACGACACUGAGUAUGGGAAAAGAAACACAACAUUUCAGAACUCCUCCACUUCUUAUGCUGUUUCCAGCUAUGCCCUCCUUCCAGAAAGCUCAAGUAGAAAACCUUACCUUGACCAGAUCAUUAACACUACAGAGAGACCUGGAAAUAAAGGGGAGUGCUAUAAGGGGAAGGAAUAUAUACAUAAUGAAAACGUGAGAGUGGGACUUCUCCUGGCAAUUAAAGCCAUAAUGCAGCUUCUGACAAACCCCAUAGUGGGUAAACUCAUUAACAGAACUGGAUAUGAUGCCCCAUUGUUUUGGGGCUUUCUUAUUGUGUUCUUAUCCUCUCUUAUGUUUGCCUUUUCCAAUUCAUAUGCUCUCCUUUGUGUGGCCAGGGGGAUACAGGGCAUUGGAUCAUCCUUCACUACAGUGCCUGCUUUGGGCAUGCUGGCACAAGUGUAUCCAGAUGAUGCUGAACGAGGGAGAGCAAUGGGUAUAGCCAUGAGUGGUGUUGCCAUUGGACUACUUGCGGGGGCUCCCUUCGGUUCUGCCAUGUAUGAGUUUGUUGGAAAGACUUCUCCAUUUCUGGUUAUUGCAGCCAUGGCUCUUCUAAAUGGAGCACUCCAGCUUUGUGUACUUCGGCCUACAAAGUUAUCCCCAACAGCUAUUCCUCCCACACCCUACAAAAAUCUUCUCUUGGACCCUUACAUUAUGGUGACUGCAGUGGGUCUCUGUAUUGCUAAUUUUACCUUUGGAAUGCUGGAACCAACUAUACCCAUUAGAAUGAUGGAAAUCAUGUGCGCCCCCCGCUAUCAACUUGGGCUUGCUUUCCUUCCUUCUGUGAUCACAUAUUUCAUUGGUCUGAAUGUUUUUGGGGGGCUUGCACAAAAAAUUGGGAGAUGGCUAUGCAUUAUGCUUGGGUUGAUAAUUCUAGGAAUCAGUACCCUGUUUAUGCCUUUAGCAGUUAAUAUUUACGGACUCAUUGGACCUACUGCUGCGCUUGGAUUUGGCUUUGGAUUGAUGGAGACAUCAGUUAUGCCACUCAUGGCACAGCUGGUAGAUUUACGGCACACUUCCGACUAUGGAGGCAUCUACGCCAUCGCUGAUAUCGCUCUUUGUAUUGGUUAUGCACUGGGGCCGUCGUGUGGAGGAGCCAUUGCCAAGACCCUUGGAUUCACCUGGCUAGCGAUAAUAUUGGGUAUAUUAAACAUUGCUUAUGCCCCUCUACUCUUUUUACUGCGCAACCCACCUGGCAAAGAAGAGACAAUGCCUGUGCUAAGCCAAGAGGAGAAACAAGAGGAGGAAGACUUGUGACAUCUUUCCAAAUAUGUGACACUAUUGAUGAGGAGAUGGCCUCUAACACGGGCACAACCUACUGGCCAACAACAAGAGCACUCAUUCUUCUUUAAGCAGAAUGAAAGGAUUGUGCCUUAUUUAAACAAUGGCAAGCUUCAAUGGGCUUGUGCAAUGCAACAGAGGCUAAUUUAUUCAGUAUUAGGUCUAUUAUGGACCACCAUUUUUUUUAUAAACAAGCAUUUUGUGAAAUCAUAUAUUGUUAAGAUUUUUCUUACUCGUGUGCUGUUUAGAGAGUACAUCUUUUUGUGGACCUCCACAAUUUCUGCUUUGCCUUACAUAGACUACCUCCUUACAUAGUCUUCCUCCUGGUGAGGAACAGUAAUGGAAAUGGUUCACCUAGUCUGAUGUGGAGCAGAACAUGGGAUAUGAAAUAUAUUACUGACUGUUCCAUAAAGGUAUGAAGAAAACUGUUGGGAUACAAGAGUUUACCAAGCCUCCUUGCUAGAGAUUUAUUUAUUUUCGGGAGAUGUUGACAUAUAUCAUUUCUUGAUUUAACUCUGUUGUGCUUGAUAGGAUGAUGUUGCAGCACAAUGACCACCACCGCGACUUUUCAAUCUCUUCAUUCUAGAAA